AUGUCUACCCAAGUUGCAGAAGCUGUAUCUCAGCAACCAAAAGCUACUGUCGAAGAUACGACUUUCAUCAUUGAACCAAGAGUUCCAUCAAGCUGGAUCGAAAGAGGGUUGAAGCCAGGAGGUCCCAGUGGAGCCGACUCGUUGAAAGCAGAAAGGGCUAAAGCUUCGUUCAAUGUUGAGGAGUUGACGAAUCUAAUCUAUGGGCCCGGUGUGGUCGCCCGUGAACAACAUAUUUUGAGCAUCUUGCUCAAAGACCCACUUUUCAAACAUGACAAGCGAGAUCGUAUUUUUAAGGGUCGCACAGAGAAGUUCAAAACGGGCCUCGCGAAAACUAUGAGAUUGAUGCAGUUGCAGAAGAUCCAUGGAUGGAGCAACGAGGAAUUCUGGAGCGCCUACGGCUUGAACGAUGAAGCCAGUUACAUCUUACUUGCCCAUACCAUGUUCAUCAAUACGAUUAUUUCAUCUGCUUCUCCCGAGCAACAAAAGCACUACUUGCCGCUGUUAAAUGGCCAGAAGCUCAUCGGUGUCUACGCUCAAACAGAACUUGGACACGGUUCCAAUGUGCAACGACUUGAGACUGUUGCUACAUUCAUUGAGGGAGGUGGAUGGGAUAUCCACUCACCAACUUUAACUGCCUCGAAAUGGUGGAUUGGUGGACUCGGACGUGUGGCUACCCACGUUGUUCUUAUGGCUCAAUUGGUCAUCAAGGGCAAGAACUACGGUGUCCAUCCAUUUCUCAUUCAGAUCCGUGACCUCAACAAUCAUAUGCCAUUGAAAGGAAUCACCAUUGGAGAUAUUGGCCCCAAAUUCGGCUUUGCGACUAUGGACAACGGAUAUAUGCUCUUCGACCACUACACCGUACCCCUUGACGCAUUACUUAUGCGUGCCGUACGUGUUGAUGCAGAUGGUACAUACACUCCUGCUGGCGACAAGAAGACGUCGUAUUUGGCUAUGACAGCUAUGCGAGCUUCUAUUGCUAGAGGAUCUGGCCGAAGUAUUGCUAGGGCAGCAACAAUUACAACUCGUUACAGUGCAAUUCGACGUCAAUUCGCCAAUCCAGAUCUCAGUCGACGAGCUGGAGAUGCUUUGGCUACUUCCUCAAACACAGAAACGGCAGUUUUAGAUUAUCCUCAGCAACAAAACAGAAUCUCCAUUGCUAUUGCAAAGGCAUUUGCACUACAUUUUGCCGGUGUUGAUCUGCAGAUGGAGACCGACAGGCUCAUCCAAGCCCUUAUCAGCAACGACAACAAAACAGCUGAGAGCAUUAUGCCUGAAUUGCAUGCUAGUUCGUCAGCCUUAAAGGCCCUCAGUAGUACUGAGGCAGCCGCUGUCGGCGAGGACAUGCGACAAGCUUGCGGUGGUCACGGUUUCUCAACUUUCUCUGGCUUCACGGAUUUCCUCCAGGCCGGAGUACAAAGCAUCACCGUUGAAGGUGAAAAUCGAAUGAUCUCAAUGCAGACUACUCGAUACUUAAUGAAGACUUUGGCCGAUGUAAAACUGUCGCCAAGUUUGGCCAACCGUAGUGCCACGUCAUCGUACUUGGGAAUGUCUUUGGACAAGAAUUUGGACUCUUAUACUUGCCCUGCUACUAGCCCCAGCGAUUUGCUCCAACCUAAACUGUUUUUGGCAGCCUUCCAAAACAGAAUGGCGCAUAUGGUUAAGGACUUUGCCGAUGACAUUGCUGGUAGCAGUGUUCAGGAUAGACAGGUUGAGUCUCACCGACUCGCUAUGGCUCAUGCCCAGUACACUGUAUUGCAGGCCUUCCAUACUCGUGUAGUAGAAGCCAUCCAUCAGGGCAAAGUCUCACUUGCCACUGGAAAAGUUUUGAGGGAUCUGGUAGCUCUGUAUGCCUUGUCAACCAUUGAAACCGAAGUAGAGUUUGCUACCACCGGAUACUUCAGCAGGGAACAACGAAAGUGGUUGAGACCGUUGGUUAGAGAGUUGGUACUAGCCGUUAGAAAGGAAGCCGUAGCGCUGGUGGACAGUUGGGCAUUCUCUGAUUACUACCUUGGAUCUGCUCUUGGUCGUAAAGAUGGCAAAGUAUACGAAACCAUGUUGAACUGGACCACUUACGAACCAUUAAACGCUUCAAACCCUGUCGACGGUUACGAGGAAUAUAUCAAGCCAAUCCUCAACGGCGAAUUCGCCAAGCUAUAG